AUGCCCAAGUCAACCCAGAAGCCCAAGCGGCAGAGAUCGCAGGCAUCAACCUUACUGCCCCGUGCAGCAUCUUCACAUCCAUCUAUUCCCUCGACCCCAAUCUCCAAGAACAUGUCAUCCCCCCAAAUUACGAAGAAGCGUCGCUCAGAGGGACGCAAUGAACGUGUCCCUGAAACCCCCCUUAGAAAACGAGCCGCGAUAAGUAGUCAAGGCCAACAGACUCCGAAGAGAACAACUCAACUCGUCCAAGCAAACACACCGCAUACACCUUUUGAUAUUUCGUCUGGGGAGGAUUCAGAUUCAGAUUGUGUGAUCAAAAAAGUCCAGCCGUCGCCCAAGCGCAAGCUUGUCGCUGCCAGCCCACGAGCUCGCCCUUCCAAGAAGCGCAAGACUGAUCAACAGGGGUCUGUCAAGCGAGGGUAUGCCUCUCUCAAAGCAUCUGUUCUCGCAAAAAGCGCAACAUCAUCAAGACAGAACAAGAAACCAGCUGCUGGCCGGCGACAAGCAGCCUCUGUACCGCCUCACGCACCGUUGCCCAACCUGACCUCGAGCGUUGCAGGCCGAAGCCGAAGCAUUUCUAUCCCUCCAACCCAUAGCCCUCCCAAAUCCAGCCAGGAUGAGGAUGCGGCCCGAAAUGAGAAUGAGUCAGAUUGUGACAUUGAGAAGGUUCAGCUUUCUCCGAAAAAGCGCCAUCAACUCGAGCAACAGAAGGCAAACGUCAAGCGGCGACGAGUUGGCGACUCAAUCGACACCCCUGUGUCGAUCGAUGCAGACGAGGAAGAAGACCAACCCGACUCAGACUGUAAGGUUGUCAAGGUUCUAGUGUCCCCGAUGCGACGGCAGGCUGCCAAACAUCGUGCUACAGCCGACAAAGAUACCAAGGACGAGAACUCGACCGAGCGACGAAAGAUUGUAACUCCACGCAAGGCCCAGUCUCCCGCUGCGGCAAAGCGGCCCACGCCUGCUACUUCAGCUGUUGCACGCGACCCCACCCCAAGCACAGCUUUGCAGAUCGAUCUUACCCAGGAGUCCUCCGAUAGUUCUGAUUUCUCAGAUGAAGAGACUACCAUUCCGGCCAAGCCAGCUCUGCCAACACCAGUCGAACACAUUCUCGACGUCCAGAACCCCCAAGCCACUACUACCGAGCAUACUACCAGUAGCAACACCAACAACCCCAUUGCCGCUCCCGAGGAGAAUCUCCCUGUCCAUGAACAGAGGGAGCCGUCCCCGGAUGAUAUCAUGACUACUUUGUGGAAUUGGACUAAGUGCCCCGAGACGAAGAAAUCUCCCUCGACCUCCAGCAGCAGCAGCAGCAGCCCGUCUCUCGACCACGAUGUGCCCUUCUCCACCGCGCCUGAAUAUCAGCAUGACGAUUCCGCUGCGAAGAAAAUCAAGAUGGAAAUUCACGACAGUGACAUGAAAUCCAUUAAGAAAGAGCGCAUUGGGCUAUACAACUCUGACGAUGACGAAGGUAGCAGUGACGAAGAGUCUCACGAUGGAGACCUGCCCCCUAUCAAGCAAGAGGGCAGCUCAAUGUAUGCCCAAUCCUCAGACGAUGAAGAACACUCCGACGAAGAGGACAUCAAGAACAUCAAACUGGAGAGUUACUCAAGCCCUGCGAACAUCUUUGCUUUGCAGCAAUAUGAGUCUCGUUGCGGCGAAGACAGCGAGGAGGAAUACCAAGGACUUCCUGACCUAAGUGACGAUGAGAUGUCUCAUGACGCCAAUGUUAACAAGGACGAAGAGAACGAGGAUCUAAGAUCCUCACCACCUGUAUCAUAUCAGCUGCCACAGGAAAACGUCUCCCCGAAACCUGUCUCUGAGACACUUGAAGAGAAGGCCACACUUGAUUCGGUCGACAGGGAUUUGAGCAAUGUGGUUGGAAGUUUGAAGAAUCAUCUCGCCACUCCGACCAAAUCUGAGAAGCCUCUUUCACCGUCAAUCUAUGAGCUUCAGCCAGUUUACAGUGGCGAGAAACUUGUGCAGAGCCAUACUCCAGGUACACCUACAUCAUUCCGACCACAUCAUCGAGAUUCGCUCAUCGGCUUGAAAAGUAUCCUAAGGGGCUCGGGCGGGCGAGGUCGCGAGAGUGAUAACGAGACUAUGUACUCUCCCUUCCCCGAUAUCUCUCCCCUCUCUGGAGACGAGCACGUCGUUUCAUCACCUACAGAACGAAUACAGCAGAGCAAAGAGCAAGCCAAGGCUGUCCGGCCUACUGAACGCAGACUUUACUCAACACCUCCUCACCGAGUUGUCAUGACCAAGCCGAUGACAUUGCCGAGGCUCCUGCCCAAGAACUGGACGCCGCCACUUCCAAAAGGAGGCCGAUGGCUUCAACAAAAAAAAGAAUUCACAUCUUUGCCAUCUAUCCCCGACGAUACUGCUGCGAGCAACGCAGCCUCAAGACAAGGAACACCCACGAAAGUUGUCGCAAAGAUAUCUCCGCGCAUCAAUCAGAACCGAGUCAAGGUUGAACAAGACACGACAGACAUAGAAGAGUCUGACGAUGAACUUAAGAAGAAGCUUCAGGAGCAACAGUUGGAGCCAGGAACCAAUAAGAACUGGAUCAAGCCUUCUGAGAAAGAAGUCAAACCCCCGAUCAUCCGAGACGGCGUUUCAGAACACGCUAUCAAGCCCACAGUUGCUCUUUUUAAGCAGAAAAUCGCCGCUGGACAGGGCUUCAGUCACGACACAAGCAACGAGUCCUGCCAGAAGUACAACUGGGAUAUUGACUGGAGCAUGCCGACAUCCCUGAGCGAACGCGAGUCACAUGCCAUAGCCGCGGAACUAGAACAUAGGGGAAUCAAGACCAGCAAGCAAUACAGCAACUUUUGGUACAACCUUACAAUGAAGUUUUCAAGACUUGCAGGCUCACCUAUUCCGCUUUUUACAGCAAAGAAGAAGGCACUCGACACGUUUGUUGAGGAAGCCAUGCAGAACCAUGAAAUCAGACGGCGGAACAGAAGCAAAGCCACUCUAGCGCAAAAGAGAGCGAGGCGCCGAGAGAACAAGAAGACGCAACCCAAAGAUGUGGAUGCAUUUCUCAUUCCAGGGGAUACAGACGUUGACACUGAAUCCGAUGAUUCCGAUUCCGGUGUCAACGGAGCCGAUCUGAUCGCCAAAAUGCGGGCGGAUACUGAGAAGCGGCAAAAGACAUAUGGAGGCGGAACGAGCUGUGGACGUCGAAGCAAGUAA